UGAUGUGACCCGAAACGUGGUUAUCAAUAUUGAUAACUGUGCGCUCUAUAGCACGAAUUUACGCAGCACUACCAACACAGCUGAUCAUCAGCAUCGGCAAUCGUUAUCGCUGAGCUAUCGAUCGAUACAGCAACGUAAGCGCCAACGACGCGAACGGUUUUUAGUCAUAUUUCGCUAUUUUUGCGCGACGGUCGCAUUUGCAUUGACUGUCGCCUGUGUCGUCUACACACUCAAUACAAUGGGUUGGUUUUUUGCGUUACUCGCUGCGAUCAGCGCUUUGCUGCUAACAAGGUCUUGGCGCUGGUUCUACAUCGCGGGAGCAACAGCCAAACGAGAUUUAACCGCUCUUUGGGCCUAUGGAAAGCUGCUGCGCUAUACGAAACGCCGUGAACGCCUCAACAACACCGUGGCCGAUGUCUUCGAGGAGAAUGUGCUGGCGCAUCCGGACAAGAUAGCCGUGGUCAGUGACACGCAGAGAUGGACCUUCCGUCAGGUGAACGAGCAUGCCAACCGUGUGGCCAAUGUGCUGCAGGCGCAGGGCUAUCAGAAGGGCAAUGUGGUCGGCCUGCUGCUGGAGAAUCGCGCCGAGUAUGUGGCCACCUGGCUGGGUCUGUCCAAAAUCGGCAUCAUUACGCCACUGAUCAAUACGAAUCUGCGUGGCCCAUCGCUGCUGCACAGCAUCACGGUAGCCCAUUGCAAUGCACUGAUCUAUGGCGAGGAUUUCGCCGAGGCCAUUGCCGAUGUUAACAAAGAGCUGCCAGCCGAUAUGGCACUCUUCCAGUUCAACAACGAGAAUAACAACACACAAUCGGAUGCGGUCAAACAGGCCAAGAAUCUGAAUACGCUGCUCACAGCGGCCAGCGUGGAGAAACCCGGCAAGACGCAGGUGGCGCAUCACGACAAACUCGUCUACAUCUAUACGUCGGGCACUACGGGCUUGCCCAAGGCAGCUGUCAUCUCCCACUCACGUUAUUUGUUCAUUGCUGCCGGCAUCCACUAUACCAUGGGCUUCAAGGAUGUUGACACGUUCUAUACGCCAUUGCCGCUGUACCACACCGCCGGUGGCAUCAUGUGCAUGGGUCAGGCGGUAGUCUUUGGCUCCACGGUCGCCAUACGCAAGAAGUUCUCGGCCACCAACUACUUUGCUGACUGCACCAAGUUCAAAGCGACUGUCGGUCAAUAUAUUGGUGAGAUGGCACGUUAUAUUUUGGCCACGAAGCCAUCGGAACACGAUCGUGCGCAUCGUGUGCGUCUGGUGUUUGGCAACGGUUUGCGUCCGCAGAUUUGGCCACAGUUUGUGGAGCGCUUCAACAUUGCCAAAGUGGGCGAAUUCUAUGGCGCCACCGAGGGCAAUGCGAACAUUAUGAAUCACGAUAAUACUGUGGGCGCCAUUGGCUUUGUGUCGCGCAUAUUGCCCAAGGUUUAUCCCAUUUCAAUUAUACGCGCCGAUCCCGAUACGGGCGAGCCCAUACGCAACAAGGAUGGCCUCUGCGAGCUGUGCGAGCCUAACGAGCCAGGCGUCUUCAUUGGCAAAAUCGUCAAAGGCAAUCCGUCUCGCGAAUUUCUGGGCUAUGUCGAUGCCAAGGCAUCGGCCAAGAAGAUUGUCAAGGAUGUAUUCAAGCAUGGUGAUAUGGCAUUUCUGUCUGGCGAUCUGCUAGUCGCCGAUGAGAAAGGCUAUUUGUACUUUAAGGAUCGCACGGGUGACACAUUCCGUUGGAAGGGUGAAAAUGUUUCCACCAGCGAGGUGGAGGCGCAGGUCAGCAAUGUGGCUGGCUACAAGGACACCGUGGUGUACGGCGUCAACAUACCGCAUACCGAAGGACGCGCCGGCAUGGCUGCCAUCUACGAUCCGCAGCGGGAACUCGAUCUGGAUGUCUUUGCUGCAAAUCUUGCCAAAGUGCUGCCCGCCUAUGCGCGUCCCCAAAUACUGCGACUGCUCACCAAGGUGGAUCUGACUGGUACAUUCAAGCUACGCAAGGUGGAUCUGCAAAAGGAGGGCUACGAUCCAAAUGUGGUGCACGAUGCGCUCUACUAUCAAACAUCCAAGGGACGCUACGAACUGCUGACACCCAGCACCUACGAGCAGCUGCAACGCAAUGAAAUUCGAUUUUAAGAACUGUUAUAGAUGCUCUACUUAGGGUUCUCUUAUUCUAUGGUUCUUUGCCUUAUCCAAACCUAAUGCUGUUAAUUAAUUUGUAAGCGUCUUCAAGAACCUUUCCAGCUAAUGCACACAUCCCAAUUUAUGCACGCUCCUAUAAAUAUAUAUAUAUGAAUAUAUGUAUAUUCCUAUGUCUAUUUAGUAUGUAGUCAAUUUGUGCAUUUUUGUUUAGAACGCAUUUUCUAUUGUUUUGCAUAUGACCCAAAACUCUGUUAAGUGCAAUGUGUAUGUGCGAGUGUGCGUGUGUGUGCACGUGUGUGUUUGUCUUAUUGUUAGUCACUUAGUAGUAAAUACAUUUUAGAGAGCACAUACCAUUUUAUAAUAUAUAUCCAUUAUAUUUUAUUUGAAAUGCUUUUAUUUCUAGCCUGUACAUACGAGCAGCCAUUUGGUAACUGUCCUAAUUUUAUAAAGCCCUCUUCUAUCUAUCAAAUAAAGUUCU